CUUAUUAGAUGUUAUUUUUGAGACCUUAACAUUGAACGAACUUGUAUUGUACUUACCUGUGUAAACCACUUAAGGAAAUUUCAUAUAAUUUUGUAGUUAAAAUUGAAUACACAGUGUAUGCUGAACAACCAUGCGAGAACUGAAAAGUUCGACCGGUAUAAUGCAUUUAAAUGGAAGGAAGAUAGUGACAAUAGGAUUUUUAUGUACGUGUAUGCUGGUCGGUAUUCAAGGAGAGCAAUUAGAUUGCAGUGUAGACUGUGCUUGCUGCAAAGGGGGGCAGAGUAGAUGCGGAAAUGAUCCUAUUAGAAACAAUGUCUGUUUCGAUGGUUGCAUACCUACAAAAUAUGGGUACAAAUGCAAAAACCCUUGCUGGGGAAACUGUUUUACCUGCGAGCAGGCGUACGGCCUUGAUUGUUAUACAUGUAAAGACUCAUUUUAUGACAUAUCCAACCGCUGCACCAAGACCUGUUCAAACGGCUGUCAAGGUGGCGUUUGUGAAGACAACGGGACAUGCGAAUGCUAUGAAAACUUUAAAGGACCAAAAUGCGAAACAUGCGUUUCGGGAAAGUAUGGUACUAAUUGUUCGCAAGAUUGUCUCUAUUCAGGUUGUCGUUGCACUGCCAAAUACGAUUGUGAUUCAUGCAGGGAUGGCUACUAUGAUCUUAAAUCAAAUUGUUCAAAGGUCUGUUCUGUCGGAUGUGUAAAUGGUAUAUGCUACGACAAUGGUAUCUGUAAUUGCUCGCGGAAUUUCACUGGAACUUUAUGCACAGAUUGCAUACCAGGCUUGUUUGGAAGGCGAUGUGACAGAGUUUGUUACCAUAAAAAAUGCUUAUGCAGUUCCGAAUUUAACUGCAUACAUUGCAAACCAGGCUACUUUAACAUCACAAAUAAUUGCCUUUUUGCCUGCUCAAGCGGGUGUGACAAUAUAUGUGAGGACGAUGGCUCAUGUACUUGCAAACUGCAUAAUACAGGAGUACGCUGCGAUGUUUGUGAAUCUGGCUACUUUGGAAAUGACUGUUCUCAUGAAUGUGGAAUAAAGGAUGCGCAAUGCUUAAAUUGUGAUCGGUCAGGCGCAGUUUGCCAUCUGUGUGCAAAUGGUUACUAUCCUAACACUAAUGGUUCCUGUAUUCUUUGUGGAGAAAACUGCAUCGGCGGCGUUUGUAAUGCAACGAACGGCAAAUGUUCUCUGGGCUGCAAAAGUGGUCACUGGGGCGCUAGAUGUGAAUCUGCUUGCAAUACAAAUUGCACCACUUGUGCGCAUUUCUCAGGCGUGUGUGAACAUUGUACAUCACAGGAAGUUCACGGCCUGUUUUGUAACAUGACAUGCAGUAAGCAUUGCCUCGGAAAUGUGUGCGAUCGGGACUCUGGAAACUGCUUUAAAGGAUGUAUCAAAGACUAUUAUGGGCCACAAUGCGACAACCGAUGCUCAGACACAUGCAAGGCCAUCGGCGAAGAAACCACGUGUGACGAAGUUGGAUAUUGCUUCAACGGCUGUGUUAAUGGCUACUUUGGUGAUGAUUGUAGGGCUGAGGUUGGCGAAGCCGGCGUUGCCGGGACCACCCUUGAUUGUAAAAACGUUCUUGGAUACUGGAUUGGCAUGUUUAUUGCUGGAGCAAUAACAGCUAUUGGAGUGGCCUUUCUUCUUCUGAUGUUGAAGCGGAAAAUAAGUAAGGGUAGAGAAGCGCCAGAACUCGCCACAGACUCUCCAACAGUUCCUAAUACAAGACUUACAGAGCCGUAUGAGAUGACACAGACAGCAAAGUCGGAGCAAAAGAUGGGCCAAGUUGACAAUGACGAGGAGGAAUAUGAACGCAUCACAGUGGGACAAUGUUAUGAGAAUGCGGUGAAAUAAACUUGCAUUCAAAAGAACAGCACAGUAUAUGUAAAUAAUUGUGACUCUUUCUUUAAAUCGUUUUUUAAAUGUAACCUUUAUGGUAAAAUAUAUACCGGUAGUGGAUUCAAUUAAUUGCAUGUCCUUGUGUUACGAUUGACUUAUUUUAUUAAUUACUAAAAUUAUUUUUGUUUACAAAAAAAGUAAAGGGUCUCUCUUUUUUGCUUGAUUUCAAUUCAUUUUAAAAUGUUUUUCAUAAUUGCAUUUUGUCUUAAAAUAUAACAUGUGGCGAAAUAAGUAGUGUAUAAUAUUUGAAGAUAUUUUUUUUUUGCUUUCUAUUAACCGAUUUCUAAAUUCAGCUUUUUUGUUAAAUAUAUACCGGUAUUGUAUUUAAUUUAUUGCAUAUGUUACGUAUGACUAAUUUUAAUAUAAUUAUUAUAUACAAAUACAGAAGAGUUUCUCUCCAUUCGCUUCAAUUCAAUUCGCUUUAUACUGUUUUUAAUUACUAUACAUAUUGAUUUACAAUGAAAAUAUCUGUUUUAUGCAUUUAUUUGCUUGAUUUACAUUUGUAUGUGUUUUCAUCGAACGUGUAUUUGCAAUUGUAAGAUUGAACGUCAACGGUUUGGGAUCACGCUAAUUUUAAACAAAGUCGGCCGUUGUUUCUUGAUAUCUUUUAAGAUUUUGAAACAAAACAUCCUAUUUUCUAUGUUAUGGAUUUAAAGGAAAUAUUAUUACUUUAUGUCUAGAACUUUAUUUUUGACAUUUUACAAAUUAUUGUAUCUACUUAAAAAAUCUUCUACGAUGACAUAAAUAUAAUUUACAAUUUAACAUUAAUCAAAACAUAAGCUUAAUGUGGUCAAAUAAAACAAAAACGCUUUGAUCAAAACCCUUAUCUGGAGCUCUGGUAAAAUAAUCAACUACAUGUAUGCACUUAAUUAUUAAAAAUCUAAUAGCGUUUUAUCUUCAGGUUGUUAUUUUGUUCAAUCGAUGGACAAUAACAAGAUCCUUUAUCUUACAAAGAAAGAAAGAGGCAUUUUCUUCCUGUUUAUUGUUGAGGCUCAAAUAAUUGAGAUUAUAUUUGAAUAGGACUUCUGCUUGUAUGUACACUUCAUAUACCUUUAGGAUAUCAGUCGAUUUUUAAAACAAGUUGAAUGCGUAUAGAUUGUAUUCAGUCAUUUUAAUUGAAAUA